AAGGUCGCCAAGCUUAUUGAAAACCACGUCUGUCACUUGAUUAUAAUACAUUGUCAGUAGUAUUUGCAAUAAUUCUGUGUAGAGUGUUUGAUGACAUUUAUUGUUAAUGUAAUUCAAUCCAUUAAUUGAAAAUAUAAUAAUGGAAGUGAACUUACCAAUCAUUUUCACAGCUGUUGUGGGAUUAUUAAUCAUCUAUUACUAUGUUAUUGAAAAGCGAUUUUCAAAAUAUGGAAUACCUUAUCAACAUCCAUUGAUAUCCUUCUAUUACACUAUUCUGGUAACUUUAAAAAAAUUCUCAUUUAUUUUGAACAUGCAUCAGUUAUAUUAUAUUGAUGAAAAAGCAAAAUACGUUGGGGCAUACGACCUUUAUAGACCAAUGGUUCUGAUUCGAGAUCCAGAAUUAAUCAAAGACGUAACAGUGAAGCAUUUUGAAAAUUUUGUAGAUCGUCGUGUGUUUAUUGAUGUUGAUGCAGAUCCAUUGUUUGGAGGUAAUCUAUCAGCAUUGGGUGGAGAUAGAUGGCGAGAAGUAAGAAAUUUAUUAAGUCCAACUUUUACAUCUAGUAAAAUGAAGACAAUGUAUAAAUUAAUGUCACAGUGUGCUGAAACAUUUACUGAUUCGUUAAUUAAACAAUCAGCCAAACAAACUGACUUUAAUUCUAAAGAUAUUUUCAGUUAUUAUACUAAUGAUACUAUUGCUACGUGUGCUUUUGGAGUAUCAGUUGAUUCAAUGAAGGAUCCAGACAAUGAAUUCUAUCGCUUCGGUAGAAAAGCUACGAAUUUUGAGUCAUUUAGUAUGUUUAAACUUUUGAUAUAUCAAUUAUCACCAAAAUUAUACAAAUUAUUGAAAUUAGAAAUCAUUCCAAAAGAUGUUGAACGAUUUUUUUAUCAACUAAUUCGUGAUACAAUAGCUAUGAGAGAUGAAAAAGGUAUUGUCAGACCUGAUAUGUUACAAUUGAUGAUGGAGACCCGUCAUAAUAAACCAGGAAGUAAAAAACCAGAAUUGACAGUUGCAAAUAUGACAUCACAUGCAUUUAUUUUCUUCUUUGCUGGAUUUGAAUUAAUUUCUAAUCUCUUGUGCUGGGCAGUUCAUGAGAUUGCGUCUUCUUCAGAAAUUCAAAAGAGGCUACAAGAAGAAAUUGAUGAUGUUUAUCAGCGAUGUGAUGGAGAACCCACCUAUGAAGCCAUCAACAGUAUGAAAUAUCUUGAUGCUAUUAUUGAUGAGGUUUUGAGAUUGUAUCCAAUCAGUGUAAUGACUGAUAGAAUGUGUACUAAGGAAUAUGAAUUACCUCCUGCUCUUCCUGGAAGCAAACCAUUUGUAUUACGAAAAGGUGAUUCGAUAAUGAUACCAAUCUGGGGGCUACAUAAAGAUCCAAAUUAUUUUCCAGAGCCAGAUAAAUUUUCACCCGAUAGAUUUCUGGAUGAAAAUCAACAAAAUAUCAAUUCAUUAACUUACAUACCUUUUAGUGUUGGACCUAGAAUGUGUAUUGGUAAUCGGUUUGCACUUUUGGAGUCUAAAGUACUUCUUGUUCAUCUUUUCCGUACGUGUAAUGUUGAACCUUCAGAAAAAAUGAUUUUGCCAGCGCAAAUUGAUUGGACAAGCAUGAAUUUGAUGGUCAAAGGUGGAUUUUGGAUUAAAGUUCAACCCAGACAGUUUUAAAGCAAUUAAUUGUUUAUCUGUUUUGAUUAUUAAUAAAAAUGUUAAAACUUUUAUAUUUAUAUGUCAUUCUAUUUGUGAUGUAGAAAAGAAUAAAAAUAAUAUAUUCAGACUGAAA